AUGAAUGUGCACCUGCUGUGGUCGACGGUUGUUCUUCUCUCUUCACCUCUCCUCACAUCAUGUGACCCGCUAUUCGUUCUGACGGCUCCUAACUAGCUGAGGGUGGGUUCCUCAGAGAACGUGUUCGUGGAGGCUCAGGAUUAUGAUGGAGGAGAUUUGAGUGUGAACAUCAUGGUGAAAAACUUCCCAACCAAAAGCAAUGAUCUGCUGCGUAAAACUGUGUUCCUGACCAGGGAAAAUAACUUCCAGGUCCUUACAGACAUAAAGAUUCCUGCCGACGAAAAGAAUUUCCAGAGAGAUGUGGAGAAGCAGUUUGUGUAUUUACAGGCUCAAUUUCCUACUAAAACCCUGGAGAAAGUGGUCAUGGUGUCAUUCCAGUCUGGAUAUAUAUUUGUACAGACAGACAAACCCAUCUACACACCCGACAGCACAGUUAAAUACAGGAUUUUCUCUCUGACUCCAAACCUGCGUAUCAGCACGUCUGACAUCUCAGUGGAAAUCACGAAUCCACAAGGUAUCACCAUUCAUUCAGAGACGGUUUAUCCAGAGCGAGGAAUGAAGCCUAAAAUAUACCCAAUCCCCGAGAUUGCCAGUCCUGGAAUCUGGAAGGUGGUCACACGGUACUCAAACACCCCACAGAAGACCUUCACUGCAGACUUUGAGGUCAAAGAAUACGUGCUUCCAACUAUCGAAGCCACAUUAUCACUCAGCAAAUCGUACUUCUAUGUGGGCGAAGACCGUCUAACAGUCGACAUUACUGCCAAGUACCUGUUUGGGCAGAAGGUAGAGGGACAAGCGUAUGUGAUAUUUGGCAUCAUGGACGAAGAGAGAAAGUUGAGCAUCCCUGACUCACUGCAGAGGGUUCCGAUAGUUAAAGGUAAAGGAAGCGCUACUCUGACCAGGAAAAUGAUUCUUGAAACCUUUCCAAACAUCGACGAGCUGGUUGGGAAAUCAAUCUUUGUUUCGGUCAGCGUUUUAACAGAGACCGGCAGUGAAAUGGUGGAAGCACAAAAGAGAGGCAUUCAGAUUGUGACGUCACCGUACACCAUCCACUUCAAGAGAACACCUCAAUUCUUCAAACCUGGAAUGCCCUUUGACGUCUCGGUUUACGUGACAAAUCCUGACCAGACGCCUUCUGAAAAUGUGCUAUUGGAGGUCAACCCUGGAGGAUUCAGACGUCAAACAAAAGCCAAUGGCAUUGCGAAGAUCCCCGUAGAGGUUAAGGGAGAUGCUUCGACACUGGACAUCACAGUGGAGACCAAAGAUCCACAAUUAGAAGAUAAACAGCAGGCGGUGAAAAAGAUGACGGCUCACGCCUACAAACCCCAAGGCAACUCUAAAAACUACCUGCACAUCGGCAUUGAUGCUGCCGAGUUGGAGAUCGGUGAUGAAAGGAAAGUCAGUCUGAACAUACCAACAGGUUCAAUGGUCACAAAUCACGAUUACACGUACAUGAUCAUCAGUAAGGGGCAGAUUGUGAGCGUAGGAAGAGAGAAGAGACUAGGACGGUCUCUAAUCAUUGUGCCUCUAACUGUGACCAAAGACAUGGUUCCGUCUUUUCGCAUAGUGGCUUAUUAUCACGUGGGAUCGGAUGAGGUGGUGUCCGACUCCGUCUGGGUUGAUGUGAAGGACACGUGCAUGGGAACACUUAAAAUUCAGCUGAAAGACGACAAUUACGAACAGAAUUAUAGAAGUCCACAUGACGCGGUCAACAUGCAAAUAACUGGAGAUCCCAGAGCUAAAGUUGGGCUGGUGGUGGUUGACAAGGCUGUGCAUGUCCUCAACAAGAACAGACUCACACAGUCGAAGAUCUGGGACGUGAUCGAGAAACAUGACACAGGUUGUACAGCGGGCAGUGGAAGAGACAGAAUGGGGGUUUUCUAUGACGCUGGUCUGAUGUUUGAGUCCAGCACCGCUGGAGGAACCAACACCAGAACAAUGCUUGAUUGUCCCGCUGCUCCACAGAGAAGACGGAGAGCUGGGGAUCUUUUGCAGGUCACCACUACACUGUCUGGUAAAUACUCUGGCGAUGUGAAGAAGUGCUGUGUCGAUGGAAUGAGAGACAAUAAACUCGGCUACACCUGUGAACGAAGAGCCACGUACAUUGAUGACGGACAGGAGUGUGUCCAGGCCUUCUUACACUGCUGCAAUGAGAUGAAAAAUAGCAGACAGAAGUUUGGAGAGGCAGAGAUGGUUCUGGCUCGCAGUGAUGAAGAUGAUGAUUAUUUGACCGAUUCUGAUGACAUUGUUUCACGGUCAGUCUUUCCUGAGAGCUGGUUUUGGGAUGAGGUGGAUGUGCCACAAUGUGGAAGUAAAACCUGCGUAACACCAGAAAAGACCAUGUAUCUGAAAGACUCCAUCACUACCUGGCAAAUCUUAGCCAUCAGCGUGUCAGACACGCACGGUAUCUGUGUGGCAGAUCCUCUGGAGAUGGUGGUUUUUAAGAAGUUUUUCAUCGACCUCAAGGUGCCCUACUCAGCCGUUCGCAACGAGCAGCUGGAAGUCAAAGCCAUCAUUCACAAUUACACCCCUCAGCACAUGAAGAAAGUGCGUGUGGAGUUUGUGGAGACAGUAGGCGUUUGCAGUGCUGCCAGUAAGAAGGGUAAAUACAAAACCACGGUCGAAGUCCAACCCUUUUCUAGCAGAUCGGUUUCAUAUGUGAUCAUUCCCAUGAUGUUGAGUGGCGAGAACAACAUUUACAUGAUCGAGGUGAAGGCUGCCGCAUUCGACUUUACAGAUGGAGUGAAAAAAGAACUGAAGGUGGUGUCUGAAGGUGUGCUACGCAAUGAAACAGUGAAAAAUAUUGAGCUCAAUCCCGCCGAGACGGGUGGAGAACAGCGCGUACAAAUUAGAGCUGACAAGCCGUCCGAUUGGAUUCCAGACACACCUGCUAAAGUGUUCGUCUCAGUAUCUGGGGAUGACAUCACUCAGACGGUUGACCAGGCCAUCAGUGGAGAUUUCAUGGGUCGACUCAUUUACCAGCCCGGCGGGUGCGGAGAGCAAAACGUCAUGCACAUGACUCUACCUCUCAUUGCCACUCAUUAUCUGGACAGCACCAAUCAGUGGGACAAGGUCGGCCCGGAGCGCCGCACAGAAGCCAUUCAACACAUCAACACAGGUUAUCAGAAGCAGUUAAGUUACCGUAAACCUGAUGAUGGGUCAUUUGGUGCCUGGUCACAUUCAAAGAGCGGCACAUGGUUGACGGCAUAUGUGGCUAAGGUUUUUGCUAUGGCCACAGACUAUAUUGCUGUAAAUGAAGAUGUGCUCUGCAGCGCCCUCAAGUGGCUGGUGCUCAACAAACAACUGCCAGACGGAUCUUUCAAAGACGAUCAGCCUAUAUUCACAAUAAACAUGGGCGGUGAUGUACGUGGGAAAGAUGGAGAAGCUUCUCUGACUGCGUUUGUUCUGAUCGCCAUGCAGGAGGGCAGCGAGAUUUGUGCCAGAUCAGUUGGUAGUAUGCUUAACAGUAUGAGAAAGGCUGAAGGCUAUCUGGAAGGUAAACUUCAGAAACUGACCAAUCCUUACGCUGUUGCUAUGACGUCCUACGCUAUGGCCAACGCCAACAAACUCAAUAAAGAUGUGUUGAUGAAGCACUCCACUAAACAGGAAGCCGGCACUGCUUGGAUUGUCCUGGGACAACAUUAUCACUCUCUGGAGGCCACAGCCUAUGCCGUGCUGGCCCUCGUGAAAGCAAAAGAAUACGUCAAAGCAGGAGAAGCCGUGCACUGGCUGGCCAGACAACAAUCUAACUAUGGCGGUUAUGCAACCACACAGGCGACCAUCAUGGUGUUCCAGGCGAUAGCCGAAUACCGUACACAAGCGAGGAAAACCCAAGAUUUCAGACUGGACGUGGAGCUGUCUUUGGCUGAAAGAAGCAACUCGAUCAAAUGGAGUUUCAAUCAACACAAUGUGCAUGUGACGCGGUCGGACAAGACUGAUCUCAACAAGGACUUCAACAUAACGGCUAAAGGAACUGGAACAGCCACUCUCUCAGUGCUCAGGCUGUACUACGCCAAACCCGCUGACAAUGUUAACAACUGUAACCAGUUUGAUCUAACUGUUAAAAUCGCACAAGAUCAUGAAGUAAGUUACGUUGGAGCCCUUGAAAGUUACACACUUACUUUGGAAUUCUUCUACCAAAGGGAUACAGAUGCCACCAUGAGUAUUCUGGAUGUGGGUUUACUGACAGGGUUCAUAGCGGAUGAAAGAGAUCUCACAGAGUUAGUCUUAAGUAAGGACAGAGUCAUUCAAAAAUUUGAGCUGGACAAGAAGCUCUCAGAACGAGGAUCUCUCAUCAUCUACUUGAAUAAGGUUUCUCAUAAAGAAAUCGAAAGAAUUGUCUUCAGAAUGCACAAGAUUAAUCAAGUAGGUUUGCUGCAGCCUGCUGGAGUCACCGUCUAUCAAUAUUACGAACCAGGUGAGAGAUUGACCCACACAGAGAGAGACAGAGAGUGUUCUCUUUUAUUGAACUCUUGUGUUUUCUCAGACAAACGCUGUACAAAGUACUACCACCCUGGAAGACAAGAUGGCACUCUACUCAGACUGUGUCAGGGAGAUGUAUGCCAGUGUGCUGAAGAAAACUGCAGUUACCAGAAAAAACAUAAUGUUGACGAAGAGACUCGAUGGGAAAAAGCUUGUGAAGCUGGCAUGGAUUAUGUUUAUAAAGUCAAAGUGGAGCGUAUGGAUCUGGCAGUACACGCGGACGUCUAUAUAAUGAAAGUGCUGAAUGUCCUAAAAGAAGGCACUGAUGCGGGUGUUGAAGGGGGUGAGAGAAUCUUUAUGAGUCAUCCUAACUGUAGAGAAACGUUGGGACUGCAAAAAGACAAGACAUAUCUCAUCAUGGGCAAAUUCAUAGAUAUACCGAUCAUAGGGAACAGCCGGCAGUACGUCUUGGGUGAGCACACCUGGAUCGAGUACUGGCCCACAAGAGAGGAGAGCCAAACUCCAGAAUACAGUCAAAAAUACAUUGGACUCUCUAAACUAGGCCAUGACCUUUUCAAUACAGGAUGUACUACAUAAGCAUAUGACAACUGUGUGUUAACUCAAGAAAAUCUGACUUUCUCUAAGAAAUACUCUUUCUGUGCUUUCAAUGGCUUAAAGUUCAUUUGUUUUUAAGGAGAAUAUUUUAGUCAAACAGUGACUUUGAGAAUUACAAAUCAGAGGUUAAUUUUGUUUGUUUGUUUAGAAUCUCAGAGUAAUCAUUAAAAGCAAUUCUCAAAUUUAUUUCUCUAGCACUUUUUACAGUUU